AUGUCCAAUAUUUAUCAAGACGCCGAUGAUUUUGAAGUUUUAACCGUCGAAUCUACUCAACCAUUUGAAAUAAUUGAUGCAACUGACCUAAAUACGAAUGAUAAACAGUCAUUUUUACUAACAAAAAGUGAAAUUAGAGAGACAAGCACACCAUCUACUGUUCAUGCUAAUUCUUCGCAACAAAUUCAGCCUGUUAUUACUGUUCAACUUAACGCAAGUCCAUCAAACGAAAAAAAAUUAAUAGAGAAUGAUGAUGCACACAAGCAAAAAUCUAUACAAGCUAACAUGAUACCAACUACGGUGAUGUCUACUCAAAACUCAUUGAAGAAAAGUGACAAUGAUAAUAAGAAAAUAUCAGUUCAUCCAACAAUACUGGUACAACAACCAUUUACAAUAAAUGAACAAUUAGAAUUAUUAAAAAAGAAAGAACAAACAUUAACAUAUCUCCCAAAACGAUAUGGUGCAGCUGCUAAUAUUCCACAUACUUUCAAUGAUAGUUUUGAUGCAAAUUCCAUAAUUGACAAAACAAAAUCUCAAACAUCGAAUUAUUUAUUAGCCACUAAUGGAAACAAUAAUAUUUUAGAUUUAUUGAAGAAAAAAUGA